AUGGCUCCAAUUGCUUUUGCAGGGGAUGUGGAGGCGGCAAGGGCUCAAGCCCCUACGGGUGUGGAUCAACCGUGUUGGAAUGCUGCUAUUGACCAUUUCUUGACAGAAAAACAUAAAAAACGAUCCGCUGGAAAGAAAGAAUGCCGGAAGAAGAAAGUAGUGAAGAAUCAUGGAGGGACGUGCAGCUACGGUAGUGCUUGUUUCGAGAAAACUCAUCACAUAGCAGAUUCUGGUGGUGAUCCAGACACAAUUGAUUGA